AUGAAUGAGAUCGACAAGAAUGCCCACCUCUUACCCAACACAACACUGUCUCCCACCUUCGCUAACAAUGCUGACAAUGAAAUAGGAUCCUGUCCUGGGACUAUGGACCUCCUUUUCACAAGAUGGAGAAGCCCCCUUAACUACAUCUGUGUCAAGGCAUACAGGCUAAUGGCCAUCAUUGGUGGGCUUGCCUCUCCUAACUCCAAGGAGAUGCCCCACAUCUUAAAUAUCUACAAGAUGCCACAGCUUCACUCCUUCCUAAAACACAUCCAUUUUAACAAUAAUGCUGGGGAAGAAAUAUUUUUUGAUGGAAAUGGAGAAUUGGCAACUGGAUAUGAUGUCAUUAACACCAUCACGUUCCCCAAUGAGUCCAUCCAUAAAGUCCGUGUGGGAAGGCUGAACCCACAGGCUACUGAAGGAAAACAAUUUACCAUCAAUGGAAGUGCUGUUGUGUGGCAUCACAAGUUUAACCAGAUCCAACCCCAGUCCAGAUGUGUUGAAAGUUGCCGUCCUGGACACAGCAAGAUCAUGAGGCAGGGAGAACAGAUUUGUUGUUAUGACUGUGCUCAGUGCUCAGAAGGAAUGGUUUCAAACCUGGAGAAUGCAGACCAUUGCAACAAGUGCCCUGAGGACCAACAUCCAAACAAGAACCAUGACCACUGCAUUCCUAAGCACAUUGUCUAUUUAGCUUAUGGAGAAUCCUUGGGAAUAAUUCUGGCUUCAUUUGCACUUUUCCUUUCUCUGAUAACGCUUGUGGUAAUGUGGAUCUUCAUUCAACACCAGGAGACUCCCAUCGUCAAGGCCAACAACUGGAACAUCACCUGCACGCUCCUCACUUCCCUGUUGCUUUGCUUUCUCUGCUCCUUCCUAUUCAUUGGAAAGCCUGGGAAGGUGACCUGCCUUCUCCGUCAAACGGUGUUUGGAAUCAUCUUCUCUCUAGCUGUUUCUUGUGUGUUGGCGAAAACCAUCACCGUGGUUCUGGCCUUCAUGGCCACCAAACCAGGAAACAGGAUGAGGAAAUGGGUGGGAAAGAGACUAGCAGUCUCAGUCAUCAUCCUAUUUACUCUUAUUCAAAUUGGCAUCUGUGCAGGGUGGCUGGCAACCUCUCCUCCCUUCCCAGAGUUUGACAUGCACUCCCAGAUUGGCCAAAUCAUUGUGCAAUGUAAUGAAGGAUCAGACUUCAUGUUUUAUACUGUCUUGGGCUAUAUGGGGCUUCUGGCCAUCAUCAGCUUCACUGUGGCUUUCUUGGCCAGGAAGUUGCCUGAUACUUUCAAUGAAGCCAAGCUCAUCACCUUCAGCAUGCUGGUCUUCUGCAGUGUUUGGCUGUCCUUUGUCCCCACCUACCUGAGCACCAAGGGGAAAUACAUGGUGGCUGUGGAGAUCUUCUCUAUCUUGACUUCUAGCGCUGGGUUGCUGGGUUGCAUCUUCCUCCCCAAAUUCUAUAUUAUUGUUCUGAGGCCUGAGCUGAACACCAGGGAUCAGCUUGUGAGGAAAAAAUAUUAUGCUGCCUGA